GUCUGUUUCUAUGGGAGGAAGUAAACACCAAAUUGACGUUGAAGAAACAAGAAACCUCCAGAUGAGAGCAGAAAUUGUGAAAGAUAAAAUGCAAUAUCUGGUGUAGUUAAGAAGAAUUUGAAAAUAAUUUGUGUAUAAAACAGGAAAGGCAAUUCCUGCCAAAAUGAUAAAGGUCGUAUGGAACAUCAUCAAGAAGACUUUUGGUUUUGUGCUGCUGAUAUGUUCUCCAUUCAAACGACUUUUCUGCAGAAGGAAGAGAAGGACAUCUGACACUGUUUUGCCUUUGACAAAUCACUACAGCAUUCCACAAGAUUUCACACAAACACCGAGUGCACCAAAACAGCCUGAAUUACAAUCUUGGGAGAAUUGGGAUCAAGAUCAGAGCAGUAAUUCAAGGUCACUCAAUCACAAUUACUCCAGGUCAAGGUCACUGUCACAUGAUCACGAUGAGUUGUCUGAACCAGAACCAGACUAUUUUCAAGAUAUGACUCCGAGAAUUAAGAGACAAAAAAAGGUUUUGAUCAAACAGAAAGAAGAGAUGAAGAAUCAGUCCAAUAGAUUUGCUAUGGCUAGUACUGCUGAUGUACCUUUAUCUGCUGGACCAGAGUUAGGCACAUGGGACGACCGACAGACUGGCUGGAAUGAUGAAGGUGAGGAAGAUUUAUCAUGGCAAGCUGAGGCUGCCAUAAAGGAACAGAAACGAUCAGAGCGUCGGGAACGAAAUUUGGAACAACAGCGUCGAAAGCAGGAAAAGGAAUCUUCUAAAAGAGAUACAUUUUCAGCUGUGAGACUUUCAUGACAUGAAGGAAUGUUAAUUUAAGAAAAAAUGGGAUUUUUAUUGUGUAAAGAUUAUGUUGUGAUUAUUUUCAAAACAUGCUAUCAUCUUCAUUGUCGAAAUUUCAUAUCACUAUGUUGGAGAAAAAUGCGAUAGAAAAUGACAACUUUAAUCAUGAUAAUAUUGAGAAAUAGGGAUGCAUCCUACUUUCUGUUGUCUCUGUAGAUUUUCAAUACAAGGAGUUACCGUUGAUCUACCUCCAUUUUGAAGAAUUACAAACAUUUUUUUUCUAAAAGCUGCUGUAAUGUAAGAAAUAUUAGGGCCACAUUAAUUUAUCGCAAUCCAAACAAUUGAACAAAUUGGACCAGAGUUGUUCGUUUAUGGAAUAAGGUUGGACCUAGUAAUCUGAUGCUGCUUUCAGGCGAGUCUUGACAAAGCCUUGCACGACCUGCAUUAACAUUUGCAGGUAUGCCAGGAUUUAUACCCGAAAAUGUUACAUUUGAAUACAGACAAGCCUGUUGAACCGGUCAUACCAAAGCCCGGGGCCUAGGUCUCCAAGGAAACAGAAAACAACUGAUUUCAUGUUCUGUCCUAAGAUUGGUCUUUCAACAGAGAUCUUUCUGAAAUCAAGUUUUUCAUGAGUGUAAUGUUUUAGAAAUUUCUGUGUGUAUUUUUAUCCUUAUAAUGGUCAUUUGGGAAAUUUUGCAAUUGAUACAUGGCAAUUUAUUUGGUGCACUGUAUGAGGGUUUGACCAUGAUGUAUGUACCAGUACACGUAUAUAUCUGAAAACAAGGGAGAGAAUCGAAAUUGUGUUCUUAUGAUAUUAAAUUGGGUUUAAAAAUUGAAUGAAACUAGAUUUGAUAUUCAUGCUUCUCUACCCAUAUUUUUUCCAGCAUGGUUUCAGUUUUGUUGAUUUCUAACAACCUUGCGGGACAUUUAUGAAAGUAUAAUAAGAAUGAAAUUAACAAAAUAAAACCAACAUUCUGAGUGUAAAAAGUCACCAGGACUAGACCAGGAUUUUAACCCUGGACUUCAGAGUGGUAUAAUAGCGCUAUCAUAGACUGAGCUACCUGGUCAGCGGAAGUGUCCUGGCCUAACUGUGCUACAGUUUUAUCCAAAACAAAAUUAAGGGGAGGUCACUGUAUAGAAAUGUGACGGAGAUUCUGAAUCCAAUGACUUUUUCUUUUUCAGUCAUUUUCUGUUCUUUUUUGCCUUCUUUUUCUGACCUGCUGACCUUAUUCUGACCUGCUGACCUUUAUCUGACCUGCUGACCUUUUUCUGACCUGUUGCUUCGUAGAGUUUGUCUUUUCUUUCCUGUCAUUCACCAAAUAUAUGUAGUUUUCCUUAUUUGGGUAAGUGGUAAUAUUCUAGUGCAUAAGUUAAACUUUGAUGAACUCUGAUACUGUCUUUAAUCCUGGCUGUGUUCAAUCUAUUCUUUUACAAAAGUUUUACAUUGCAUAGAAGCUUAAAUACCAAUACUCAAACCAAUCAUCUUUAUUUUUCCAAACUUGUAAGAAAAUCAGAGAAAAGAUUAAAUAUAUAUUGUAUGUGAAGAGGGAAUGACCUUGCCCUAUGUUAUAUGUAAAUAUUACUGUAUUUGUUUUAAUUCAUCAUAAAAUUGGUUACUGAGUAGGUCUGGUUGGUGGUCAUGGUUAAACUGGGUUGGAAUGAAAUGUGUUGGUCACAAAAAUAGAUUCAGUGAAACCUGUCUAGUCUGAAACCCUGUGGGACACAAAAUAUUGGACAGAUUAAACAGAAGGUCAGAAUACACAGGUCUUAUUUAGUAGUUUUCAUUAGAUGUGGGAUUUAAUACAACAUUAUAGGCUGAAGCUAGGUCUAUUGAAAUUAGAUUCUACUACACUCCUUUUUUUUGCAACAAUAAAAAAACAAGUCUAAUUUUCGACUGUUCCUUUGUUUUACAAUUUGCUGACUUUCAAUGACUUUCAGUUCACUUGGUUAAUUACCAUUUCCACACAUAUUGUUUGAUGUCUGGAGAACCACAUUUCCAUAUAAUUUCAUUUUGGAUGGUUUAAAAUCUUUUACUAAAGAUGCAUUGCUUAGACAUAAGGUCUAUGUAACAGAAACUUGCACUGACUUUUACAUAGACUUUGGUCAGAUAAGACAGGUUUUUACUGUAAAAUUAUUAUAUGCAAACGGUACCCCAUCUCCACCACCUUAAUUCAAAAUAACUGAUAAUCUUCUUUUGAAAUUCUUUAAAAAAAAGUUUUUAAAGGAGAUAUUGUUGGUCAUUUCCAACUUCACCCCCUUGGGACAUUAAAUGAGGGAAUAACUUAAUAGCUUAAGUUGACUAUGGUUUAGUUGUAAAAAUGUUGUUUUCAGAGAUUCUUAUGAUGAUUUGUAAAAUCAUGAUAAAUUUUGUGAAUUGUUGAAUCUCCAAUAAAAUAAUGUAAAUACUGUUA